GCUGAGGUAUAAAAACCAACUCAACCCAACUCCUUCCUGCCACUUCUCUUCCCUCUUCCCUCUCUUCUGAGCAAGGUGUAUCCUGUGUUCCAGACUCCAUCCYGAGCCAUGUCCUGCUACGAGCGAUGUCCUCCCACCACGUGCAACCCYACRCCGYUGGCCAACUCCUGCAACGAGCCGUGCGUCCGGCAGUGCCAGGACUCCACCGUGGUCAUCCAACCGUCCCCCGUGGUGGUCACUCUGCCCGGGCCCAUCCUCAGCUCCUUCCCCCAAAACACCACCGUGGGUUCCUCGGCGUCGGCGGCCGUCGGGAGCGUUCUGAGCGCCGGGGGYGUCCCCAUCAAUUCCGGGAGCUCUUUGGGUUUGGGGGGUUUUGGUUACCCCGGGUUGGGCAGCGGCUCCAGCCGGUCCUACCGGCGCUAUAACCCCUCCCGCAGCAGCUUCUACGGGCCCUGCUAAGGCGGGAGGGAAAAGCCAGAGGAGAAGACCAGGAAUGCUGAAAUCCCGACCCAGUGCCCGGAGCAGGACUGAGCUGGUGGCGGCCGCGGUUUUUGGAUGCCGCGUGAGGCACCCCCGGGGUUCUGUGGAGCUGUGAGAGUUUGGCAUCUCCCCAAACCAGGCCUUCGCUUGUCUUUCGUUGUGCUUUACUUUGUGUUCCUGAUCAAAUGUCUUGUCCUGCUUUUUUUGGGGUUUUUUUUGUGUGUGUGUGUGUGUGUGUGAGAAUAGCCGAAAUAUAAAAUUAGAGAUUGUUCUGCAUGGCUGGAUUGGCACAGGUCACUCCUCGAUGAAGAAGGAAUUUUUCCUCUUGCUGAAUGCGUCGCUGUGAGAGGGAUGAGCGGGUUCUGUCCUUGCYGGACCAUGGGAAUGUAUUCCUGACUUUUGUGCUGCUCCCUUCCCUUCCUCAGCCUCAUUAAAUUUGUUCUGCAUCA